AAUGGAAUAUUGUGCUGCAGGUUCAAUAUUAGGAUUGAUGGAAGUAAUGGAGAGAAGAUUAAGUUAAGAAGAGAUUAGUGCAAUUUUAUAUUCAACUUUAUUAGGAAUUGAAUAUCUCCAUUAGAAUAAGAAAAUACAUUGAGACAUAAAAGCAGGGAAUAAUUUACUUGAUCAUAAAGGAUAAGUGAAAUUAACAGAUUUUGAGUUGCAGCAUAAUUAACUUAUUCAUGUACAGAUAAAGUAAUAUAAAUAUAUAAUGUAUAUAUAUUUUAGGGUACAUUUAUAGGAACUCCAUUUU